GGCACCGGCGGUGGUGGUGCCGGUGGCGGCGGUGCACCUGGGGUGGUCGCCGGGAUUUGUGGACCGCCGAACGCGUCUCUCGCGCCGACGGAUUACGUGACGGCGGCAUGCUAUCCCACGGGAUCGCAGCUCGCCCUGACCGCCACUCACCCUCAGCCCCACGUCGUUGAUACCGCGAUGACGCCCACCUCGGCACCGGUGCCGACACCGACGUCGGCGUCGGGCCCCAAUAACCCCGUCGCCAUGAGCCAGCUGGGGACCGUCUACGCCACCAAGAGACGGCGUCGGAACGGAAAGAGCUUGAAACCGCCGCAAAAAGACGGAGUGACAAAAUCAAACCCCAGCAAGCGGCAUCGCGAGCGAUUGAACGCCGAGCUGGACACGCUAGCGUCGUUACUUCCUUUCGAGCAAAACAUCCUCAGCAAGCUCGACCGACUUAGCAUCCUCAGACUCAGUGUAAGCUACCUCCGCACGAAGAGCUACUUUCAAGUGGUGAUGCACAAGGACAAGGAGGAGAAUUCACAUCACGACUCGCACUACAGGGCGAGAGAGUUGGCGGCGCUCGCCGCUUACGACCAUCAUCACCUCGACGGCGAAAUGUUCCUACAGGCACUGAACGGGUUCCUGCUAAUAUUGACCUGCGACGGGGAAGUGUUUUUCGCGACCCACAGCAUAGAGAGUUACCUUGGCUUCCAUCAGUCUGACAUCGUCCAUCAGAGUGUCUACGAAUUGGUGCACAGCGAGGACCGGGAGGAAUUGCAGCGACAAUUAAUGUGGAACUCGUUCCUGCCCGCCGAAAGUGCGAGCCUGCCGUUGCACGAUGCACUCUCGCCCCAACACAGUCAUCUGCUCGAGCGCAGCUUUACGGUUCGCUUCCGCUGUCUUCUGGACAAUACAUCCGGUUUUCUGCGCCUUGACAUUAGGGGCCGAGUUAAAGUGCUUCACGGUCAAAAUCGGAAGACAGAGGAGCCACCACUGGCUUUAUUCGCUCUGUGCACACCGUUCGGACCUCCUUCGCUGUUGGAGGUGCCGCAGAAGGAGGUAAUGUUCAAGAGCAAGCAUAAAUUAGAUCUCGCGCUCGUAACGAUGGACCAGAGAGGAAAGAUGCUCUUGGGAUAUUCCGACGCGGAGCUAACGAAUCUGGGUGGCUACGAUCUAGUCCAUUAUGACGACCUGGCUUACGUUGCCAGCGCACAUCAAGAACUAUUGAAAACUGGUGCGUCAGGCAUGAUAGCGUACAGAUUUCAAACGAAGGACGGUGGGUGGCAGUGGUUGCAAACUAGCUCCAGAUUGGUCUACAAGAACUCGAAACCAGACUUCGUACUCAGUACUCAUCGACCUCUUAUGGAGGAAGAGGGCAGAGAUUUGCUCGGCAAGCGCACAAUGGACUUCAAAGUGAGCUAUUUAGACGCCGGAUUGACCAACAGUUACUUUUCGGACAGCGACAGUCUGACGGGGUCAGUGAUGACGCCGACGUUACCAGCGCAGCCGGCGCCUCAAAGAGUGAACAGGCGGUACAAAACGCAACUGCGGGACUUCCUGUCGACCUGCCGCAGCAAACGCACCAAACUCUCUGCCCAGUCGUCGGUCUCACCGCCCGUUACACCGACAGUCGCUUCUGUCGACUAUCUCGCGGCGGACACUAGCGCGGCGGCCGCGGUUGCAGCUGCUUAUAGCAAUUUGAACACCAUGUACCCAACACCGUACGCGCCCACUGCAGUGGCGGCAAGCACCGACCCCUCUUUAACGACUUAUAUCGGUCAUACGGGCAAUUACCAUCAGACUCUCUAUCCAGCCACUGCGUUAGACAACAGGUACCUCACAGCUGCGACGGAAAACCUGUUUCAAUACAGGCCGCUGGGUUCGUACUACCCAGAAUACCAUACCGGCACCGCAUAUAACGGCUUCAUCGACGUCUCGCUGCCCACAUAUGAAACUCAUCAGCUGACCAGUAAGACAGAGGAGAAGCUUUAUUGCCAACAACUCGGCAGUAGCGAGUCGCCCAAGUACAGCUAUGUAGAGACGAGACAUCCCGGUAGCGUCAGCAGCUCGCCCUACGCUGCCAGUCCAGUAGCGAGUGCGUCCACGAUGCAUCCAGCGACGACCGACAUCAAUGUCGUGCGUGCUGGAAGCAGACAUUCGCUGGAAGGUGGUGCGUCGUCCAGCAACUCCGCUGGUAGUUCGCCAGUGACCGGCGCGGCCAACGGCGUAUUGACGCCGAAGAUGGAGGACGUGAAGCCGGAAGUUUACGGUAGCAACGAAGCGCCACGGCAGACCGUACUGAUGUGGGGUGCUCCGCCAUCUCGUACACCGCCCAGGAACAACGGCAGUUACAGUCCGCCGACGCCGCAUUCGACUCACUCGUCCACGCAUUCGACCAACGCAACCGGUGACCCGCUCAAGUCGCUAGCAGAGAUGAACUCCAUGAACGGAGACUGCAAGUGGCGGCAGACUUCUCCUACGGAUCAACAAGUGACCGCGCCGAGUCCACCAAGAAACAAUAAAACGCAACAACCUCCAUCUCAGCAGCAGCAACAACAGCAGCAGCAACAUCAUCAUCCGCAACAACAGCAGCAGCAACAACAGCAUCAGCAAUACCCGGUGACCACGUCGCAGUACCAAGCGGCCGCAGCCGCUGCCGCGGCAGCCGCCGCCGCAGGCACCAUCGGAUACACGCAUCCUCAUCCGGGCCAUGGCCACGGGGAAGCGGGCUCCGAGCACGCCACCGUCAGCUGCGGGAACGGGGACGGCGGGGGUGGGAGCAGGCAUGGGCAUGGGCACCGGGGCGGACAACAGCACCAGCAACAGCAACGUCUUGUACCACCCUCCGCACCACCACCACCACCACCAUCACGUAGUGGGAUCCUCGGCGGCGGCAGCGGCGGCAGCGGCAGCAGCAGCGGCGGGAAUGGGCCCAACUGUCCCACAGAUUCCAAACCGGACGCCGGGAGUCCUCUGUUGUCCAUCUCUGAGGUGACUAACACCCUGCUCAACCAAUAGUCCCUUCGCCACCUCGGCCUCGCUCUAUAUCAGUGAAGAAGAUAUCUCCAAGAGGAUGUCCUCACCGAAGCGGAUUCCAAGACGCGUCACUGUACCAUACAGAUAAUGUCGGUUAAAAAAAAGUAAAAGUAUUCGUAUAGUACUGUAACAUACUCACAUUACGCAGCUAAUAACCAAUCUACUAUUACGUAACUUUCAUUGCAUUAAUUUAUCCGUACCGAUACGUGUAUUAAGUGGAUGUUCUUCAGGAUUCAUAGUUUGAGUCAGCAUGUACACUGAUCGUGGAGCUUGUAUGUGUGUGUGUGUGUGUGCGCGCGUGAGGGGCAGCGAUCACAAGGCUUGCGAUUUUAUUUGUUCCCCACUGUAGGAUGCAGCGAUUGCUCGACGAGUGGCAAUAAGCGCUCUAGAAAAGAUGUAGACCACAGUCCGAUUGAUUUAAUGUGAAUCCUUCGUUUCAAAAACUGGGCAUUUAUUAAAAUAAAUAAAUAAAUAAAUAAAGGUCCAGUUAUUCGUGUUAAUUUAAAAAAAAAAUUACGUUCUUAAAAUUAGAGAAUAUAUCAUUUAAAUUUAUAUUAUUUUACUAAAUGUGGAAUAAUCUUUACUAUGAAAAUUAUAAGUCUGAUAAGAGUACAUUUGGAAGUACGAGAACGAAGCUCGUGCGCUUCAAACAAGAUAAAAUUAAGAACAAUCGUUAUUGUACAAUGCAUUGUUGUGCUACGAUCUGAUAAUAUUUGAACGUGGCAUAAACAUGCAGAUAUUUUCGACUCUGCUGUGAUGAACUGAAAAAGAACACGGUGAUCACUGCCCGGACACUGAAGCAGGAGCGGUAUUAAUGAACGACAUUCCUUCGAACCAAACACCAGCGAACGGUAUUUUUUAUACCCACGAGCACAAAAUUCGUCGUCUCGAGAUCGGACUUUGAUAAAGCACAACAUACGCGACUUUAGUUUGUAUCAAACUACGUGUCCAUGUGUUUAUAUAAUUCUAUUCCGCGCGUAACGCUUUUGUAUCUCCCGUGCGAUUGCACGUCUGUGUAAUUCCCUUUUCGUUUCUUUUUCUAAAGGAGAAUAUGAAUUCUGUGAUAUGUGUUAGGUAAUUUAAACACAACGUUCUUCGGAAGGCGUACACGAUCGUAAUAUUUAUUGAGCGUGAAGAACGGCGACAAGAGAGAGGAAACUCGUCGAGGAAUUGUGAAAGAUGCGCGGGAGCGAUGUAUAGAGAAAGAGAGAGAGAGAGAGAGAGAGAGAGAGAGAGAGAGAGAGAGAGAGAUACGAAUUGCUAAUGCAGAAACGUAAACCACGGUGGUCCUUUUUAGGCGAAAAUCGAACGCGCUCCGAGAGAUCGAAUCUUGCGAGGACAUACGUUUUCUUUUUAUUUGUUGGGACGCGUAAAGUGCGCGAGAAGCGACACGCUUGAAGAGUGUCGAUGUGAUUGUUACUACUUGGUAAGCGAGCAGAUACGAUACCAUUAAAAUGAGAAAAAUUACGCAUUAUUGACAUUCCAAUACGUAUAUGUAUACGUCCAAUACGUAUAUGUAUAAGCGAUCCCUCUGAGUUACACGCACUGUGAAGCGAUCUAAUGCUAUCCCUGUCGCCGGGACAAGGCGUAAAUGUAAAAUAAGUUCUCUUCCUUUCGCGAUAAAACUACUCUCCACUUUUUACACGAUUUUUUAUAAAGAUCGAAACUCUCCAGUGCAGUUACCCCCAAGGUUUUAAAUAUAAAUUCACUAUUCCUGCGCGCGACUCUUGGCUUCCUGCAUAUAUUUCUUUUGAAGAAUAUCUCGCAAUAUAAUUAAUGGAUUGUCAUGUGGCAAAGAUUUGGAAAAAGGCGCAAUUCCCGCUUACACACGUCGAUUGUAUAAUUCUGCUGUAACUCUAAGUAAAAAUUGAUUUUGAAAUCUUAAGUUGCGCUUGUAGCUUUAACGUAGAAAAUACGAUUGAAAAACUUCAAGCAUGACAAAAUAUUAUAUUAAAUUAGUGUAUUAUAUUACCUCUGACAAAACCAAACGCAUAACUUCGUGGCAAAUAAUAAGUUUACAAGCUUAUCAGUUGUUGUAGCGGGAAUUGAUACGAAGUUUUGAACUUCUCAAGUUAUUUCUCCAGUUCUUUUUCGAGCGGUAAGAAUCUCAUUAAAUGAACAAUCGCGGUGAAAAGGUGAAAAGCGAUAUGAUAGCCCGUUCAUUCGGCUGAACCCAGUCUUGCCAAUAUUUUGUUAAUAAGUUUGUAAUUUUUGUACUUAAUUAAUUUAUACAUUAUUUAUAUGUGUACGUGUAAUUCGUGCGUAUUUAGCGACGCUAGAUGGGCCUUCCAAUAAUUUUAGGUGCAUUUUCACUUGCAAAAUCGAGGAGAUUCCCGAGAAUUCUCACAUCAAAAAACAUAUUCGACGAGGGGGAGGGACAAAAUCCGCGAACGAAGAUAUCGUACGAGCACAAAGAAAAGAAAAAAAUGCAAAGGAAAGAGAAAGAGAGUUAUUUUAAGAUUAACGUUGAGAACGAGUUGUCUUGUCUCUACGCGCUUCUAAAAAAACAACUUCACAUAUCCGCAACCGCAUAUCACAAAGUGGUAUAAAGGUAAAGUUAGAAAAAUAGAGAGAAAGAGAGAAAGAGAGUGGGAGAGAGAGAGAGAAAGAAAGCGAUAUAUAUUUAGAUAUUCUCUUCCAUAUACACUUUUCGAAUCAUCGAUCAUUAUUUAUUAACUGUAAUGCGUAAGAUCGUAUCAGGCGCGUUGUACAGAAAUAACGCUCCGUUAAGGAUAAUAAGCGAACUCCGUUUCUCCUACGCGCUUCAUUCUCAAUAACGCGUCAUACUUUUUUGUAUGUUCAUAUGUAACGCAAGAUAUGUGUCUAUAUUUUUAGUAUAGUCGAGAUAUGUUGGAUGCAAAAUCCAGACGGGCAAGUGUCUCUCCGAACAAAUUACUCCAAUAUUAUAUCAUACGUAAUAUCAAGGAUUUUUAUCGUUCAAUGCGAGGACCAUAUUCCAAUAUGAAACAGUGGUUAAAGAAGAUACAUUGAAUGUCAUUGUUUGAUGAAGUAGAGCGAAUAAUAUCUGAUAAAAUUGAAUCGAGUCGUCCGCAUUUAAUCGCCGUCGGCUUUCUUUCGCAAUGUGGGAGAGAUUUGGACUUGUCUGAUUUGUGUUUGCAUUCCGAUCUUCGAUUGUCUAAACUCUCACUCUACUUUGAUUGACUUUGCAACAAGACACAGCUCAAGAUGGCAUCGAAACGUGUUACUGACAAGCGUAUUCUCGUACUUUCGUACAUAAUUGUGCUAUUGUGGAUAAAUGUCAAACUUAAGAAGAUUACGGAAUAACAGUCUCGCGAAUUAGAUUGCAAUAAUUUCACUGGAAUAAAAUGAUCAUUCUUCUCGAUUGCCGAUUUUAAUUUAAAUUCAGCUGGUCAAUGGACUUGCUUCACGGCCAAAAAAGACAUUUAAAUUCAGCGUGCUAAAGUCUUCCCGAUGUCUUCUUCAUGUUCCCGUCGACACACGGACUGAAUAUAUAAAAAUUGAUCCUUUCGACUCCUUCGAAUUUAUAGAAAUCUUCUACGUACAACACCGUGGACUUAAACUUUUGAUUGACAGAAAAAGAAGAUUCAAGUACGCCACAAGUAGGAUGUUAACGAGAAAAUUGAGAAUACGGAAUAGUAGCCCGUUUCGAGCCAAACUCUUGUACAUCUAUAAUUCUGACUUACUGUUAUAGCUUGCGAGUACCCUCGUUUCUCUGCAAUAUCCUUACACGAUAAGAAGCUACUAUUAUUACUAUAAGUAAUCGAGUCUAGUCCAUACAUAAAAAAAUACGAGUUAGUAACGAUAUGCUUAAAUUGUGAUAAUAUUCUCGCCGUGAAGCUGAUUUAAUUGACAAUCUUUAUUGCGUCCAUCGCUAUAUAAGUUCUCCCUUGCGCGUUAACAUGUAAAUGUAAUUAUUAAGGAAGCAAGAUAAUACCUUUUCCGGUUAUAUACUUCCCGGUAUGUUAGACGUACUCUCGUCGACAGCGGUCUCCACUUCGUACGUUGAGUUGCGAUCGCGAGGAUAUUUUGACGAUCUAAGCAUAGAUGUAUAUUCACUGUAUAUUUGAAGUAAGGUAUCUUAUUAUAUGAUAACGUGUGCAUAGUCGUUAAGAUCAUAGUCGGUACAGAUUUUCAAGCAGCUACAAGCCGUACAGACCGAAAGAAGAAAAAAAAGAGAGAAGAAAACACGUACCUUAUUUUCCAGCGAUUAUUUGUCGCCUCGCAGAACUGCGAACUGCGAUUGAAUCUUACAUAGGACACGUCAUUACCGUAAAUCUCCACAUGUGUGGGAACCCUGCGUUAUUUUGAAAUCGAGUGACCUCGUCUAGGAAGCUCGGGGGAGUUCGUUUCUUCGAACAACAUACAUACGCGAAUUUUGCGCGAGACAAAAGAAGAAGAAGCGGAGAGAGAAAAUUCGAGCCGGUUCUUGCGAUUGUCGAACGCGAACUCCUCGUUCGAGAUUAGUUUUGCCCUUUUCUAUCUUGCAAUGAUAAUGUUAUUCUAAGAUAAGGAGCGGAACGUAUCUCAUUCGACAGCGAGCUGUAAUUCCACGAGACUUGCGAACGUAGAGAAGAUGCUUUGAUAACAAUAGAAAUGUUUUAACGAUGGAACGUUCCGAAUAAUCGAUCAGUCGUCAAGUGCAUUUAAGCACAUAACACGAUAAGAAAAGAAAUGAAAAACUUGGCGUUCCCGCGUUAGAAGAACAUUUUUCAAGAAUUAUUAUUCCUAAAUCGUUUUUUACUUAAGAAAACCAAAUGCGGAAACACAUCUAAUUUGCUUUAACACUCGCACUCGAACCGGCAACCACAGGUGCUUGAGUAAGAAAAAUACACGAUCUCUCAAAUGGAGAAACUAUGAAUUGUAUACUCGCCGACGAAUCAUCGCUGAGCUACUACCGCGAAUCGAAAGGACACGACAAUUUUGCGCGCAGAUGCCUUCUUACAAUCGCUAAAACUAAUCUUUUACUGUCUCACUACUACGAUACGAUGAUGAAAGCUAUGUUCCGUGUUCUUAUUUGCAAUCGAUUUUAUUUCAUAUAUCUCUAAAUGUAUCGAAGUCGAUUAACCAGUACCAUGCCAAACCGAAUUUUGAAUCUUGAUCACUCCAUCCAUUUUUCUCUGAUAUAUUAUAUCCUAUAGGAUUUAGCUACUAUUAACACUAUUGCUAAAGAUAAGCUCUACAAAUAAAAUUUUAAAAAACUGUAUCAAAUGUUUAUAUGAAAUAAAUUAUGAUA